AUAGCUACUUCCAGAACUCUCCUAGAGAGUACCCAGUAUCAGGAUAUCAAUUAAUUACAACUCUCAGCUGUAUGUUUUACACAGAGAGUGGGUACCAAAUUUUGUGUCAGAUAUGGGGAAGGCUAUUAGUUCAUGUAAGGAGAAAAUUACAUCAUUUCACAGCAGCAAGAAGGCACAGCAGAGUGAUAUUUUAGAAAAGGAAAAACAAGAAAAGGCCAAGCAAAGUGAUAACUUAGAGGAGAAACAACAAAAGGCCAAGCAAAGUGAUAUUUUAGUGAAGGAUAGACAAGAAAAUGCUGAGAAAAGUGAUAAUUCAGUGGAGAAACAAAAUGUUUGGCAAAGUGAUAUUUCACAGAGUGAAAAACAAGAAAAGGCAAAACAAAGUGGUAUUUCAAAGGAGGAGAAACAGGGAAAGGCCAAGCAAAGUGAUAUUUUAGUGAAGGACAGACAAGAAAUAGCUAAGAAAAGCAGUAUAUCAGUGGAGAAACAAGAAAAGGUUUGUCAAAGUGAUAUUUUAGAAAAGGAGAAAAAAGACAACGCCAGGCAAAGUCAUGGCUUAGAGAAGGAGAAGCAAUAUGAGGCCAAGCAAAGUGAUAAUUCAAUAAAAGAGACUACUGAAAUAGUACAGCAAUAUGAUGUUCUUUGUAAAAAUCUCAAAGAAAAGAGGGAACUAUGUGAUAUUCCACAGCAUAAGACACUUGAAACUGCCAAGCAAAAUGUUCAUCUAGUAUAUACACCACAGGAAAAGAAAAAGGAAGAUGAUAAUGUUGAUAAGUCUUCACAAGAAAAGGUUGAGGAAAGUGAGGUACAGGAUGAAUUAAAGCAAACUAAACUGGACAAUAAACAAGAUACAACCAGACAGAAAGAAUUAGAGCAACACAAGUUACUACCAGCUAAGGAAGAAAAUUGGUUAAUUAAGGCAGAACAAACUGAAAAUUUAGUUGAUCAUCAUGAUAAAGGUGUAAAUGAUGAAUUCACAAAAAAAACUGACAUAGCUUUAAAAACAGGUGAUGAUAUUCAAACGUAUGAUAUGGAGGGAGGCAGUUUUGAUGAUGAUGCUGGCAGUUUUAUAGAGAAAAAGGAUUUGACAAAAAAAAGGCAGGAAAUGGAAGGUCAUAGGAAGGUUCAUAAUGGAGAUGCUGUUCUAUCAGAGGAUGUUGUAGAAGAUGAAAAGUCAAAGAUGGAAACAGCAUCAACGGGUGUGGAUAAUUCGGUAGCUGCCCUAGAAAGUAAACAGACAGCCAUACUACAGAGAUUAGGAGAGCUGAAGGGUGUGCUGGAACAGCUGAACAAGAAGUAUGGUAGUGCCACCACUGUGUCAUCAUCCACCACAUCUUCUACCAUGAUCCUACCAGGUGGAGUUGUCCAUGACAUUGUCAUCAACGCUGAUCCAGAGAACCCACCGGUCAUUGUGUUUGUACUGUUCACACUCCUUAAAGAGAGGUGUAGGGUAUAUGGGUCAAGUUUAGUCCAUUCUAGUGUGGUCAGUGUGCCUGACCAGCUACGCAAUGUCUUCAGUGACCAGGAUAACAACUGUCCUCGUGGCAGCCACCAAGUGGCAAUCACUCUCAUAUGGAAAAAAGUCGAGAAUGGUCCAAACCUGAUAGUGUCACCACACAACCAGACAACAAUCCAAGGGGAAGUAAAUAUUGCCAGAUACAUUAUGCGUCUUAUCAACCAAAAUUACGAUAACUCAGACCCUGUUGCCUCAACUCAAAUUGACGAAUGGUUAGAUUCCGCCCAGCAACAACUCCACCAUGGUAACGUGAAGCAAAAGGCUGCUGCUGUGAAGUCUCUUAAUGCCAGGCUUGGAAGAAAUGAUUGGCUUGUAGGAUCUGAGAUGUCAUUGGCCGAUAUGGUGAUGUGGGCUGCACUGUUUCAAACCAAUCAAAUGUCAAAUGCCCCGAACAAUGUGAAAAAGUGGCUUGCAUCAUGCGAUAAGAAUUCAGUUUAUCAAUUUGCAAAGACAGUUUUAAAUGGAAGGUAAUUUCAGGAGAACCUUGCCAUACAUUAAUUUGUUACUUAAUAAUUAUUUUGUAUCUGAUAACAAAUUGAUGUUUGUAAAAAGGACAAUUGCUAGUAUCUACAUCCAUGAUCUGGUUAUAGAAUACAUUUUUUUUUUGAAUGAAAAUAAAAGAUUUUUGUGUUUUAA